AUGCACCAUUUAAGCGUAAUAGUGCUCUUGAUAGCCGCACGGAACCUCAAGUUGCAAGCGAGUGCGCAACACUUCGACACUUUCGCCGAAACUUUGUAUUCGAGACUGUCGGGUGCAUGUAGAGCGAUAAUGAGCCUACAGCACGACUCUUUGAACAGUCAAAACCAGAUAUUAUCUACGAUGAAGAUUUACCUUUUAAACGACGAAAUGAUGACAAGUUUUCCCAUAGACAAAUCGUACAAAGCUCUAAUAAAACCAAAAAUGUUCGAUAUUACGAGACAGACGAAAGUCAUCAUCCAUGGAUAUAGAGACAAUGCCCAAUCGUCAGUUUCCUUAGACCUAGCGAAAGCGUAUAAUGAGAAGAAAUUAUUCAACGUACUGCUGGUGGACUCGGAAGAAAUGAUGAGCAAAAGCUACUUCCUGUCAGUACAUAACGCGCGGUUGGUCGGCAAAAGACUAGCUAAUCUUUUGGCAAAUUUAGAAGACUUCGGCGCAAACGCAGUAGAUUUUCAUCUCUUGGGUAUAAGUUUAGGAGCGCAUAUAGCCGGCUGGGCUGGGAAAUACUUCCAGAGGUAUAAGAUGAGGAAGUUAGGACGAAUAACCGGCUUGGAUCCAGCUGGGCCUUGCUUCUCUUCGGCGUAUUCGGAACAGCGCUUGGACAAGUUGGAUGCAGAUUACGUGGAUGUCAUUCAUACGAAUAGAUUGGUGCAAGGUAUAACGGAGGCGGUCGGGCACGCCGAUUUCUAUGUAAAUGGUGGCGGGCCGAUGCAGCCCGGCUGUUUAAUGCCGUCCUGCAGCCAUUUGCGGGCUACUAAACUGUAUGUGGAGAGCGUUGAAAAUCCAAAGUCGAUAGUUGCCGUCCGGUGUAAGAGUUGGAGGGAAUUCGAAUCAAACAGCUGUGAAGAUAACUUCACAGUCCUCGGCUAUGGUUCUUCAACUUCGAGUCGAGGGCUUUAUUUUUUGCGGACGACGGCGGGUCCUCAGUUUGCACUCGGGGUGGAUGGGACUAAAAAUAACGAGCGGCCAAUGAACUCUUGGCAAAGUUUAGUGGUAGUGUAG